UGGGGCCCUGGGGCCCUGGUAAAACCAGACACCGAAUUGCUCUUACACAGCCAGAGUCACCGUCAUUUGCUCGUCGUCUCUUCACAGAGGAAGGUGGGCAGCACCAGCUUCUCAGCAGCUGGGAUUCAGAGAAGGAUGCCCUGCAAAAUGGCUCCAUCAGCCAUUGUGCUCCUCUGAGAGGCUCUCGGUGCUGAUUCACCGUAUCUGUCCACCUCACUUGGGUGGGCAGAACUGUGCACCAUGCCAGUGGCUCCUGACCACUCCCAACUGGGAGGAGGGGUUACUCUAGCUGUGUGUUUCCCUAACACUCAGGAGUAGGGUAGGGAGAGGCCCUUAACCCUUCCCUUGGGCUCGCCUUCAAUAGCUAGUUGGCACCCCCUUUGGUACAUUGAGUGAGCAACGUGCCCCCAGCCAGGGGCCCUUUGACAAAGGCCUACCGACGCAGGCUCUUGGAGUUGGGGCUGUUAUUUUGACGGAGCAUGCCCUUGGCCCCAGCCCCUUCUUUACUCGCCUCUGCUGUCUUCACUUAGAUCCAGUCUACAGAUGCGUGUAGUCCUUCUUUCUGGGUUAGAUUUGGCAGGAUUGAGUUUUGUUUCCUCGUCAUUCUGGAAGACAGACCAUAAGCACAUUAGUGGGUGAAAUCGACUCUAAUACCUACUACCGUUUAGACGAAGGGUUAAAUCUGGCACCUUGAGGACUGAAGCCCAGGCAUAUGCUUUCUGGGGAUGCUGGGCCUGGCAGCAGGCCUGGCAACCUUGCUGUGUCGUUGACCUCAUUGACCCCAGGCUUCCUGGAUAAAACCAUAGGCCUACUACUGGCCUGACACCCAUCAACCUACUGAUUGAUCCUUGAGGAGGUCCCCUCCGGGGCAUGCACGUGGCAGGGCCUGCCACCAUGCGCCUGAGUUCCCUGUUGGCUCUGCUGCGACCAGCGCUGCCCCUCAUCCUCGGGCUGUCUCUGGGGUGCAGCCUGAGCCUCUUGCGGGUUUCCUGGAUCCAGGGUGAGGGAGAAGAUCCCUGUGUAGAGGCCGUGGGGGAACCAGGAGUGCCACAUAAUCCAGACUCCAGAACUGGACUCGACCAAAGUGAUGAAGACUUCAAACCCCGGAUUGUCCCUUACUACAGGGAUCCCAACAAGCCCUACAAGAAGGUGCUCAGGACUCGGUACAUCCAGACGGAGCUGGGCUCUCGGGAGCGGUUGCUGGUGGCUGUCCUGACUUCCCGGGCCACCCUGUCCACUCUGGCUGUGGCCGUCAACCGCACGGUGGCCCACCACUUCCCUCGAUUAUUGUACUUCACGGGGCAGCGGGGGGCCCGGACUCCUGCGGGCAUGCAGGUGGUAUCUCACGGGGACGAACGGCCGGCCUGGCUCAUGUCAGAGACCCUGCGCCACCUUCACACACACUUUGGGGCCGACUACGACUGGUUCUUCAUCAUGCAGGAUGACACGUAUGUCCAGGCCCCCCGCCUGGCAGCCCUUGCUGGCCACCUCAGCAUCAACCAAGACCUGUACUUGGGCCGAGCGGAGGAGUUUAUCGGCGCCGGCGAGCAGGCUCGGUACUGCCAUGGGGGCUUUGGCUACCUGUUGUCACGGAGUCUCCUGCUCCGAUUGCGGCCACAUCUGGAUGGCUGCCGAGGAGACAUUCUCAGUGCCCGUCCUGAUGAGUGGCUCGGCCGCUGCCUCAUCGACUCUCUAGGCAUCGGCUGUGUCUCGCAGCACCAGGGGCAGCAGUAUCGUUCCUUUGAGCUGGCCAAAAAUAGGGACCCCGAGAAGGAGGGGAGCUCGGCUUUCCUGAGUGCCUUUGCAGUGCACCCUGUCUCCGAGGGAACCCUCAUGUACAGGCUCCAUAAACGCUUCAGCGCUCUGGAGCUGGAGCGGGCGUACAGCGAAAUAGAGCAACUGCAGGCUCAGAUCCAGAACCUGACCGUGCUGACCCCCGAGGGCGAGGCAGGGCUGAGCUGGCCCAUCGGGCUCCCGGCCCCUUUCACCCCACACUCUCGAUUUGAGGUGCUGGGCUGGGACUACUUCACGGAGCAGCAUACCUUCUCCUGCGCAGAUGGGUCCCCCAAGUGCCCGCUGCAGGGGGCGAGCCGGGCGGACGUGGGUGACGCCGUGGAGACGGCCCUGGAGCAGCUGAAUCGGCGCUAUCAGCCCCGCCUGCGCUUCCAGAAGCAGCGGCUGCUCAACGGGUACCGGCGCUUCGACCCGGCGCGGGGCAUGGAGUACACCCUGGACCUGCUGCUGGAGGCCAUGACGCAGCGCGGGCACCGGCGGGCCCUGGCCCGCAGGGUCAGCCUGCUGCGGCCCCUGAGCCGGGUGGAAAUCCUGCCCAUGCCCUACGUCACCGAGGCCACCCGCGUGCAGCUGGUGCUGCCACUCCCGGUGGCCGAAGCCGCCGCCGCCCUCGCUUUCCUCGAGGCCUUUGCAGCCAGUGUUCUGGAGCCGCGAGAGCACGCGCUGCUCACCCUGUUGCUGGUCUACGGACCUCGGGACGGUGGCCGGGGGGCCCCGGACCCAUUUCUCGGGGUGAAGGCCGCGGCGGCCGAGUUAGAGCGGCGGCACCCCGGGACGAGGCUGGCCUGGCUCGCCGUGCGCGCGGAGGCCCCUUCCCAGGUGCGGCUCAUGGACGUGGUCUCUAAGAAGCACCCCGUGGACACGCUUUUCUUCCUCACCACCGUGUGGACCAGGCCGGGGCCCGAAGUCCUCAACCGCUGCCGCAUGAAUGCUAUCUCCGGCUGGCAGGCCUUCUUCCCAGUGCAUUUCCAGGAGUUCAACCCUGCCCUGGCACCACAGAGAUCUCCCGCGGGGCCCCCGGGGGCCGGCCCCGACCCCCCGUCCCCUCCCGGUGCCGACCCUUCCCGGGGGGCUCCCGUGGGAGGCAGGUUUGACCGGCAGGCUUCCGCGGAGGGUUGCUUCUACAACGCCGACUACCUGGCGGCCCGAGCCCGCCUGGCCGGGGAACUGGCAGGCCAGGAAGAGGAGGAAGCCCUGGAGGGGCUGGAGGUGAUGGAUGUUUUCCUCCGGUUCUCAGGGCUCCACCUCUUCCGGGCCGUGGAGCCAGGGCUGGUGCAGAAGUUCUCCCUGCGAGACUGCAGCCCCCGGCUCAGCGAGGAGCUCUAUCACCGCUGCCGCCUCAGCAACCUGGAGGGGCUGGGGGGCCGCGCCCAGCUCGCCAUGGCUCUGUUCGAGCAGGAGCAGGCCAACAGCACCUAGCGCGGCCCGGGCCCGGCCCCUCCGUGGAGUUCCCCUCUCUGCCGCAGCCCCGGGAAGGGCAAGGCAAGAUGGACGGACAGAUGGAGAGCUUGUUGCUGUAUUUUUUUUUUUUUUUAAUAAGAAAACGUUAUUAAAAGUG